UUCUAUUGACCAUGCUACUAUGAUUGUUCUUGCUGGACUGUGGUCUGAAGAUUGUAAAGAAGAUCGCAGUAUUGUAAUUGAUCCAUCUUCCAUUCCCGCAAAUUCUUCUGGCUCGAAUUCAAGUAUUAUGUCACUAAAUGCGCCAUUGAGCACACGGAGUCUUGUGGGUCAAAGUACUUCGUCCGCAUAUGUGCUCAAUGAUCAUAUGAAUCAAUUAGGAAUUUUUUUUAUAUUUCACGACUUGUCAGUUAGAACGGAAGCUGCUGAAGUAUAUAGCUCUAGUUUUAGAGCAUAUUUCGCAAAAAAGUUCCCGGGUAUGACAGAAUCGACUGCGCUUUCUAAAGCUUUCGCUAGACAGGGAAUUAAAAUUCCAAUUCGUAAGGAAUCUCAUUAUCUAAGAGCCAGCGACGAUUUACCUGAUCAAACAAACGAAAUCGCUACUCCUUCGGCAUCAUAUACUGCUUCUAAUAAUGCACCUAAUGAUCAGGAUGAUAUCAUCGUAGAAAAACAGGAACCUUCGGAAGAUUAUAUUGUCGUGCCUUCUGAAGAUAAUAAGGAAUAUUUUACUGGAAAAUGGCAACGAAUGUCUAAAUAG